AUGAGUCCAUAUUUACAACCAUCUCUCAUCGGUCAAGAAGGCGAGCUGCUAGUGGGAGGAGUGGGUGUAUUUGCUGGUUAUUUUGGACGUGAUGAUUUAACUGCAAAAGCUCUUGUUGAAAUAGAUGAUCAACUAUUUUAUCGAACAGGUGAUCUUGUCACAAUGGAUGAUAAUGGUCUUCUCCAUUAUCAAGGAAGAAAAGAUCAUCAAAUCAAACUACAUGGACAAAGAAUUGAACUUGGUGAAAUCGAACGAUGUUUACUUAGCAUCACAUCCAUCUCUGCUUGUGUUGUGAUUAAAUGGAAUGAUGAUUAUUUAGUUGCAUAUAUUCAAUCAUCUCACACCAAUGAAGAAGAACUACGUCAACAUUGUCAAUCUCAUCUUCCACCACAUAUGAUUCCAUCAAUAUUCAUCAUACUUGAUCAAUUACCAUUGAAUCAAAACGAAAAAAUAGAUCGAAAACUUCUUCCGCCACCUCACUUCUCAUCUACAAAUCUCACAAACAGUAUAGAACUAUUACUACCCACAAAUGAUAUUGAAGUUACUAUUCAUCAUAUUUGGUGUGAGAUACUCAAACAAAAUCAAAUCUCAACUGAUACAAACAUCUUUACUGUUGGUGGUCAUUCAUUACUCGUCAUGCAACUUUUUCAUCGAUACAAGAUCGAAUUUCAUUUAGAAACACAUACUCUUUCUGUUUCAAAUCUAUUUCAACAUCCAACAAUUAGGCAUCAUGCUCAACUCAUUCAGCAAUCUCUAAAUAUCACUCACAGUCUGGAUGACUAUCCGUGGUCUUCAUUAUAUCUCAUUCAAGCUAGAGCAUCAUUUGCACAACAACGAAUCUAUUUAGAUGAACAAAUUCGUUUUUCAUCCAACCAAACAACCAUGAAUAAUAUGUAUGUUAUUCCAUUACUUUAUCGAAUAUCAUCUAUGAAUAAUCAUAUAUCUACUUCACGAUUACAACAUGCCUUUCAAUCUAUUAUGAGAAAACAUCAAAUUCUUCGAACAGCACUUCAUAUUGAUGGUACAAAUAGUAAUAUUAUACAACACUGUUUAGAUGCAAAUAUCAUUUUCAAUGAUGAUAUGCAAUCAUAUGGAUUGACAAUCGUUAAUAUUUAUAAUGAGGGUCAUCGUCAUAUGAAUGAAAUGGUCAAAGAAAUAUUAAAUCAAGCCGAUUUAUUUGAUUUAUCAAAAGGACGUGUUAUUCGUUGUCAUAUUCUUCGUCAUUAUCAUCAAUCUCAAGAUAGUAUCUCACAUGAGAAUGAUGAUCUAUUGAGUGAAAAUGAUCACAUAUUAAUUAGUAUUCAUCAUGCAAUGUUUGAUGGAGCAUCAACAUCAAUUUUCCUUGGUGAUCUUUCUCUUGCUUAUCAGUCUGAUGGCUCUUUAUUUAUGGAUGAAAAUACAUUGAAUUAUAUCGAUUAUUCUGUUCAUGAACAUGUCAUGAAUAUGUCAUUAUCUCGUGAAUUCUGGCAAUUAGAACUCAAAGGAUAUAGUAUUGCACGCCAAUUAUCAUUACCUAUUGAUCGACAACGUUCAUCAACUAAUCAACAAGGAUCAGGUUUAGCUUCUUCAGCUCAAAUCACUUUUGAUGAUGAAAUAUGCACAUCAUUUCUAAAUUAUGCAUCAUCACAUCAUCUCACACUUUUUCAACUUGGACUAGCGGCAUUGUAUGUCUUUCUAUUCAGAUUAACUCAUGACGAGACUGACCUAUGUAUUGGUUCUAUUAAUGCCAAUCGGUAUCGAAGUGAAUUAGUGAAUAUGAUAGGAAUGUUUGUAUCAACAUUACCAUAUCGUAUGCAACUUGAUCCUCAUUGGUCAUUUGAUGAAGUAGUUAAGUAUGUACGAGAAAAAUGUUUAUCAAUUCUUGAACAUUCUCAUUAUCCAUUACAACAUAUUCUUGCUGAUUCACAUCUUACUCAAUCAAAUAUAUCAUUUCUCGAAACAAUGUUUAGCGUUAUAUCUGUUUCUUCCGAGGAUGAUCAAUUAAACUUAGAUACAGACAAUUUAGAACAAUUGCCAUUGGCACAAUCAUAUGAAAUAGCCAAAUUUGAUUUUAUGUUAACAUUUCUUUAUGAUUCAUCAUCACAAAAUAAUAAGCUGUCGUGUGUUUUAGCCUGUUCACGUGAUAUAUUCGACGAGAAAACAGUUGCGAUCUUAUGUCAGAGACUGGAACAUCUUUCAAAAAGAAUUUUCUCGUGGAACCAACCUGUCAAUGAACUUGAUAGAAUUUCCACAUCUAUCUCGAAACUUGAUCUAAUUUUGCCGGAAGAAGCUGACGAAAUCGACUAUUCUAUGUUUUAUCGACAAUCAAAUAUUAUAAUGGAAGGUAUGUUUUUUUGGGAUUGA